UUGGGUGCUCAGGGUUCUACACGUCCGCUGAAGAAAGUGAUGAAUCAAGAAGCAUGUGCAUGUUCGAUGCUCCUGGGAAGUAGGGGUCCGAGGGUCCUUCCAGAGACGUUUAUGCUUGUCAUGCUGCCAACAUUUUAGUGGGGUCAUGGCGGGGGCGGGGCUACUGUUGGAAAUCUUGAUGGAGACCAUUCUGGUGGGCUGACCCAUCACCACAAACCUACAGGGCCAAAUGACGACGAAAUCCCGAUUGGGAAAAGUGGGAUGUGUCUCAAUGCCCACCACAAAAUAAGCGGUGCAUCUAGACUUUUCACGGAUACAUGGCGAGGUCGGACGAGCGUUGAGGGGUUCAGGGUUCAGGGUUGUUUACGGGUUGAGAAAAGGAGAGAUGAACACGCUCAGUUCCGUCUGAUUCCUUCUUUUCGCUAGCUUGAACGCUCCGAACGUUUGGCCGCUGCUCAAAGGCGCCAUUACAAACCUCUUGCUUGACAGACUGCAACCGCCACCCAUUUUGUCACGUUGACCGUGGGGAAUUGGCUAGGGGAGAGGCCAAGCAACCACUACCAGGUGUCCUAUCCUUGGCUUCCGCGCUUUGGCUGGGUCUGGCCGUCUGUCACCUCGUCUUGAACCACCUUCACCGAGAAGCAACAUUACCUAUAAAUCCCCUCCCGCCCCAUCUUGACCCGCGACUGCAAAUUCGGCACCCUGAGAAGCAUACCGAGCGCCUUGUCCCGCCAUGCACAUGCCAUCCUCGCAGUUACAUUUUAAGCCAGCCAGGUCAGUGGUAACAUUACGAUGAAAUUCGGCCACGCCUUCAAGGAGGCCUUGGAGGCUGAGACCUAUCCAAGACACUGGGUAGACAAGGCGGUUCCCUAUCGUCAGCUCAAAAAGAUCCUUGGUAAGGUGCGGGAGGAGCUGAUAAACAAUGGCUAUGAUCCGGACACGUUACAAAAGCUGGUAGCUGAGCGAAACGCCGAAUACCGCCUAGAGUCGGACGACUCCCAGCUCCUGAGACCCAAACUGGUUGUGCGUCCAGCCACUACAAGUGCUCAACCUCUGGAUCAGAAAACAGAAGUCGACUCGCUGCCAGAAUCACCAGUAUCUCUAUCUCCCACCUCUUCCGCCAGCACAGAACCUGGACCAUCGGCCUUGACACAUGACUCUGCGCCCCCGUGUAGCCAUCGCCAGCAACAAACCAGUGACGGCGAGUGGGUUGACGUCCCGUUGGAUGCCGAUGCUCGCUUUUUCAGUGUCCUCCAGCAGGAUGUCAAUGAGUUGGAUACUCUCCAGGACAAGGAGCGGGUUGCCAUGAUCGAAAACAUCCACGUGAUUGGAAACGAGAUCGCACAAGUAGCCAGACCGCGAAAACCAGUCAUCGACUUCUCCCGGUCAGAUCUGUAUCGCUGGCGCGAGAUUCUGGACCUCUACCUCUCAGCCGAGGUCUUCUUCUCCACCAACGAGGUUUCCGGCGGUGCUCGCAGCAGCGACAGAGCUCGCAAGCAACUCGUCUGGUUCCAAGAAGAGGUGGGCAAGCGCCAGCUGCCGCAGAAGUUCAAGAUCAAGUCCAGCGCUGUCGCCUUCCAACACUUCCUCUCGUUGAAUGCCACGCUGCUGCAGAACUUGCAGUUCCAGGAACUGAAUCAGACAGCCAUAACAAAAAUAAUCAAAAAAUUCGACAAGAGAACGUCCCUGGGGGUGAAAAAGACUUUUCCAAAAGUCAUGAACUCGGCACACUUCAUCUCCGAGACCAUAUCCAAGGACAUCUGCGCCCAGCUGUCUCGAGACGUCAUCAGCCUUGUCCCACAAGUCGUGGACUACACGUGCAUUGUCUGCCUCUCCAUAUGUUGGCUGCCCAUCCGACUGGACUGCGACCAUUUGUUUUGCAUCCGGUGCAUGAUCAAGAUGCAAAACAGGCAAAAGCGCUUCUGCCCGCUAUGUCGAGCCGAUGUGAUUCAACGGGCCAACGAAACACAUAUCGAUAUGGAGCUCGUUCGAUACUUGGAAAGGUGGUUUCCAAAGGAGACCAAGGAGAAGCAGAGGAACAACGAGGACGAGCGGCGAAAGGAGCUCCUGGGCGAUUUGUACGUGGAAGGUGCACAGCCGCCGUGUAUUGUGAUGUGAUCCCUGUGCAAGGGAAGAAAAAAAGGAAGGGAUAAUUUACCUAAUGGAAGCUGUACAUAAAGUCAGACACAGUGAUACCUCAGCAGGAGUUUUGAGCGAAUUGGGUAUGGUAGCAUUACGGGGACUUUGGUUGAUGUUGCUUUCAAAUUCUAUGCGUUCUACACGGAACUGCCUAUUGCGAGCCGUGCUCUGCUA